AAAAAGCAAAAGCUCUUCGUAUGGGCCCACACACUCUACCAUACUGUCCCAACCCUCACGUAUUCUUCUUCCUCUUCUGCCACACUACAACAACGUUGUAAAAGUUCUCUCUUUUCACUUUCUCUCAAUCCCAUAAUACCCUUCUCUCUCUCUCUCUCUCUCUCUCUCUCUCUCUUUCUCUUCGCUUUUUUCUCUGUCUUUAAUGGCUGCCCGCAUCAAAAUUCCGCGUUAAACAAUCGUGGGUCGGUGCUAGUUUGCAUUUUUCUUAUCCUUUGGGUUGUCAAAAAGAUACCCAAUUGGAAAAGUCUUGUUUUUUUUUUUUUUUUUUUUUUUUUGGGGGGUUUUCAUUUGGGGAGAUUUUCUUUUUGGGGUAAGAUUGCUACCAGUUUUAGCCCCUAACAUUGUUGUGUGAGAAUAGUGUUUUCCAAGGCAUUUUUUUUCCUCUCUCUAUAUGUCUUGGUGAGACUUGAGUGAUAGUCUUGGUGAUGCAUAUUGGUUCUGCUUGAUACUCCCUAAUAAAAUGGCCACAACCACCAUUAAUCCCAUUCAAGUUGAAGCGUGACAAAGAACCUCCGAACUCUAGGCUUGGGCCCCCAGACUAUAACCUCCAAACACCAAAUUGUCCUGAAGAGACUCUUACCAGAGAAUAUUUGCAAUCUGGAUUUAGGGACACAGUUGAGGGGCUUGAGGUUGUGAAAGAUUGUACCUGUGAGGAAUUUUGAACAUAGGCAACAUAAGGCCAUUUUUUUACCUUAUUAGCAUCCUGAGAAACGGGAAAAGAAGAAAGAAGGAAGUCAACUGUGUCAAUCAUUAUGGCAAAGAGGUCCCAAAGAUUCCCUGUGAAUUAUGAGAAAGAUCAAUCAGGAUGUAUGUGGGGUUUUAUUAGUAUAUUUGAUUUUCGCCAUGGCCGCUUUACUCGGAAGUUGAUAGCAGAUAAGAGGCAUGGCAGCAAGUAUGGUGUUGGUGCUGCACUUACCAAGAACAAAUUUGAAGUGUUGAGCGAUUUGGAUGAAGAAUAUCAAGACAACUUUGAGAGAGGAGAGAGUAAGAGACUAGUACCGAAAACUGAUGCUGAUAAGUUUAGUGUGAAGAAACUCAUAGAAGAAGAAAUGAUCAUUGAUCAGGAUGAAAUAAAAGAUCAAGGUAAUGCUGAAGUAGAAUCAAAGCAAUCCAGAUUAGGGCGUGAAGACCCCCCAAAGACAGAUUCCAAAAGAAAAAAGAAAUCCCGCAAGAAAAGCCGCGAUAUGGACAACCAUAAUUUGACUUCUGAUGCAACCUUGAAAUCUGAAAUUUCAAAUAACCAGCAUUCAAGGCAACCGUCAAAAGAUAAUCUAGAUUUGGACAAAAUAAUGGAUGAUUUUUGUCAUGUAGAAGCUGCUUGUUCCAUGAUGCAUGACAAUGAUGGCAAAAUUGAUGCACAGUCUAACCAAAAGCAUGCUAUGUCUGAAAACCUUGCUAAUGCAAUCCAUGAAUUUGUGAAUCAGAUGAUGAUGAAUGGGAAAGAUCUGCCUGAAGAUGGACAAUUCCUUAGCUCACGUGAGCUAAUGGAAGCACUUCAGGUUAUAAGUUCAGAUAAGCAAUUGUUUCUCAGACUUCUACAAGACCCAAAUUCACAGUUAUUGAAAUACAUUCAGGAGUUGGAGAAUGCUCAAGGGAGAGGUGACAAAGAAUGCAGUUCAGUUACCGGCUCCAACUGUUCUGGACAAGAACUUGUUAAUCUGAAACAAACUAGGGAGAUUGCCAACCGCAAACAUCGUAGCUUUUUCAGGAAAAGGGUGAAGUCUCAGGCAAAAGAUCCAACAGAUGAAGAUGGGAAAACUGAGUUAUCAAAUAGAAUUGUCAUCCUGAAACCUGCACUGACAGGCGUGCAAGUUUCUGAAAGCGGAAACAACCUUGCCUCAUUGCUAGAUUCUCAUGAUAUUGCCCAAUACAAAGGUCCUUCUGUGAGAGUUGGUUCACAUUUUUCUCUUACAGAGAUAAAAAGGAAAUUGAAACAUGCUAUGGGAAAGGAGAGGCAUGGAAACCCUGGAGUGAUCUCACAAAAGCUCCCUGUUGAAUGUCAAAAUAAGAUGGCAAGAGGAAAAUGUAAAGAUAAUGCUGGAAUGAGAUCUCCUAAUAAAGACCAUUUCUUCAUUGAAAAAAUUGCAAGGCCUAUGUUUGAUGUUGUGAAAGGAAACAAGACUGGUACAUUGAAAGACUCUGAAUUGAAUGUGGAACAUGAAAGUGGUACUCCCAUGCAAAGAGUUUCUAACAUAUAUAUUGAGGCUAAGAAACAUCUGUGUGAGAUGCUAGAUAGUGCUGAUGAGAACACAAACAUUUCAAGCAGGCAGAUUCCUAAAACCCUUGGCAGAAUACUAUCUCUUCCUGAGUACAACUUUUCUCCUGUAGAAAGUCCUGGAAGGGAUUUGGAGCAUCAUUUUGUGACUGCACAGGCAAGAUUUUCUUCCUCUGACAAAACUAGGGAGGUUAGUGAGGAUAUUUUGUCCCCCAAACCAGCAACCUUUAUUGGUCUUCCAGAUCAGAAAACUAACAUUUCAGAGAAGCAAUCGAGCAUUUGUGAUGAAAGCUCUAAUAAUAAAGUCCUAGAAAUUAACUCGGUGUCAGAUUCCUCCCAUGAUGUUGGUCAUGUUGAUACAUUCAAAGCCUUCUUUCCUGUUAGAGACGAGAUAGUUACUGAAGGUAAUGUAGAAUCUAAAAAAGAGAAAAAUGAUUUGGAUUCAUCUUUGGAUCCAAAUGGCUUCACCACAGGAGAGGACCAAAAUAUGGACAUCUCAGAAAUUCGUGAUGGUGCAGGAUGUUCUGAAUGUUUGAAUCAGGACAUAACUGAAGAGAAUGAACCAUCAUCCCUACCAUCAUCUCCUAACUCUUCCAUCACUAAGAAAACUGAAGAGCUAGAAAGUGGCACGGAUGUAUCUGGACGACCAAGUCCUGUAUCUGUUCUUGAUACAUCAUUCUCAGAUGAUGACUUUGGCCCUGGGCACUCCAGAUGUCAACCUGUUAUAUUACCAGUACAACCUCUACAAAUUCAAUUCGAAGAACACGACUCUUCACCGGAAGAACAAUUGGACAGAGGAAAUUAUUGUCUUGAAGAAAAUGAUUUGAUAUAUGACUACAUCAAAGCUGUCUUGCAUGCCUCUGGUUUGACUAGAGAUCAAAUGUUGAUGAAAUGCCUUUCCUCAGACAAGAUACUAGAUCCUUCCUUGUUUGAUCAGGUAGAGUUCUUCUCAAACCUGCUUUGCCAUGAUCAGAAGCUGCUAUUUGACUCCAUCAAUGAAGUUCUCAUGGACGUUUGUCAGCAUUACUUUGGGGUCUCACCUUGGGUUUCAUUUGUAAAUCCUAGCAUGAGGCCAUCUCCAAGUAUGAAAAGGCUUAUUUUUAAGGUCUGGGAAGGAGUGUGCUGGCACAUGCUUCCCUUGCCCCUGCCACGCACUUUAGAGCAAAUUGUAAGGAAAGACAUGGCAAGAAGGGGAACAUGGAUGGACCUUGGACUUGACGCUGAAACGAUUGGUUUUGACAUGGGUGAGACCAUUCUCACUGAGCUGAUGGAAGACACAAUUUUGAGCCUUGCGUGUGAAAGUCCAGAAAGUGAAUGUUCAAUGCUUCAAUUUGAGUUGAAGGACAAUAAGAACAACAUUCACUUGUAAAUGACAACUUGGUGCCGUUUGCUAAUGCAAAUUGUUAAGGGAAUUCCUGUGCAAGGUGGAAGGGAAGUAAAGAGGGGAUGAAAAUUGACCAUGAAGAGUUCUUGAGAGUUAUAGACUUCUUUAAAGCAUGCUUGGACUUUGGUACAUUUCUUUUCAACCUAACUGACUACUAUGAUAUUCGGAAAGUAGUAUAAUGUGAACGAGAUACUCAAAUAAGGAAACAUGAUGUCACAAGAUUAAAAUGGGGGAGCCAGUUGCAAUUGCUUGCCAAAGUGAGAAAUUAGGCUUGUUUACAGUGACAAACGGACAAAGUAACAGUUCUACUCAGUGUGCGACUCACUUCACCUGGUGAAGGUCAAAGGUGUUUGAUUGUAGAUUUUGUAAAGUUUGUUUUGCUGAUCCCAUUAGAUGGUGUGUUAUAAUUUUGUUUGUAUGAUCCUUUGUAUAUUUGCUUUUUGGUUAACCUAUUGAUUUCACAAAGUUUGGAAAUAAUGGAAUGUAAACUCGGCUUUUUUUGUGGUUUCAGAGGGAAAAAUUGAGCAAAAAUAUGAAUGACAUUGUGACAAGAUAGAAACUUGAAGGUUGCGCAUUUGAAUUA